UUUGCAGGAAGAGAUCCCCUCCGGAUCCCUUCACUUGCGGGCAUGUUAAUUGAGCAGUCUUCAGUAAAAUUUCCACUUUUACCUUCGAUAAAGAGAUUAAGGACUAUAGUGCAAACUUUUAUGAAUUUGGGUGAUGGAAAUAAUAUGAAAGACACUCCAAGGCAGCAGACUAGAAAUAGAAUAUUUCAGUUAGUUUUCCAAUGUCUUGUAAAUCCACAUUCCACCGGCGAUAAAAAGCUUUUUUAUAAAAAUGCUAAGGAGCAUGAAGAUAAAAAAUAUAUUUUUUUUACGUUGCACGAAAUUUUUGAUGCAAUAGAACUGUUAAGAACAACUGAAUCCAAGUUUAUUACUAUAGAUCGCCUUGAAGAUGAAAAAAAAACUCAGCACAAUUUAGAUCUUACUGAGGAAAACCCACGCUAUCAAUAUAUAUUUAAAGGAAAAGAUCACUGCAGUCCUGAAGAUCUAUUAGUUGCUUCUUCUUGUUUGUUAAGUUUAUUAGAAAAAGGAGUUCGCAUGACCGACGAAGUUUACGAACUUUUUCUCGCUUCACUUGCGUUAGCAGUAAAAACUUCUGCUGAUUCAGGUAAUGCCGAUGCACAAUUUCAGUUGGCUCAUUUACUAUAUCGUGGUAUUGGUUUUAAAAAAAACAUAGAAAAAAGUGCUGUUAUUUAUAAAGAACUGGCUCAAAAAGGACACCCUUAUGCACAACUUCAUUAUGGGGUGAUGUGCACGAAAGGAGAAGGAGUCAAGCAGGACGCUGCUGUGGCACUUCGUGUCCUUGAAGUAGCGGCUGUAAACAAAAUGCUUCAGGCGAAUAAUUUCAUUGGCGAAAUUUAUAGUAAAGGUAUUUUUCCCGUUCAUAAAAACUAUGAAAAGGCGCUCUACUAUUUUAAAAAAGCAGCAGCGGAUGGCGAUCCCUUUGGUUUUCAUAAUCUAGGAAUCCACUACAGAGAAGGAAAAGGCACACUAAAAGAUAUGCAAAAGGCAUUAAACUAUUUUGAAAAAGCGGCCAACAUGGGAAACCCUCCAUCGAUGGCUUGCGCCGCGGAUAUUUACGAAACACAAUGCAAUUAUAAAAAAGCGAAUGAAUGGAUAGACCGUCUUGAAAAAUUAGUCAAAACAAAUAAUAAGCCUUCAAAGGAAAGUAUACACAAAAUAAUAUAA